AUGGCGCAGCGCGCGGGAGGGCGGGCUCUGUGUCUGCUGCGGGGCCGCCUGCUGCCCCCCGGCCCGGCGGCCGCCCGCCUCGGCUCCUCGGGGCCCGCGCUGCAGCGGGCGGGCGGCGCCGAGGAGGCAGAUGCUGAAGUCAAUAGCAGGAAGAAGACAUUCACUGAGGUUCAAACAGAACGAUUGGAACAGGCAGAUCGGAGUGUUUUAAUUAAGUGUCCAUCAAAACUUAAUGAAAAAAAAUUACUGCAGUAUUUAUCCACGCAUGGAAAAAUUGACAAUUACUUCUUUUUUGAGAAUCGUGGUGUUCAUGCUUUAAUAGAAUUUUCUGAGAAGAGCAGUGUAGCCUCACUACAGGCUGUUACUGGAAUUCCAAGGGCUGCUGAGCAUCAUGUUGUCCCAUAUAAAUCCAGACUUUUUACUUUCACACUGAAAAACCCCGGUAGUCAAGCUGCUGAAGAAAGGCCAGUAAACCUCUCUCCUCAGUUUCACAUUCCAGUGAAUGAGCUUAUUCCAAAGCUUUGUUGUGCAGACAGUAUAAGCAGUCAAAUGUACAUUCUGCUGAAUGAGUAUCAACUUACAGAAGAAAACAUCAAGCUCCGAUACCUGGCCUGUUCUCUGGUUCGGGAUUUUGCACGCGCGUAUUUUCCAGACAGCACCGUAAAGCCAUUUGGCUCUUCAGUGAACACCUUUGGCAAAUUGGGAUGUGAUGUGGACAUGUUUCUGGACUUCCGUGAUAUACAGAAGCAUCCUACAAAAAUGAAAAAAGGUCCCUUUGAAAUGGAGUAUCAGAUGAAAAGAUUACCAUCAGAAAGGUUAGCAACUCAGAAGAUUCUUUCUAUAAUUGGUGAUUGUCUUGACAAUUUUGGUCCUGGGUAUUCAAGUGUACAGAAGAUACUCAAUGCUCGCUGCCCCCUGGUGAAAUUCUCCCAUCAACCAACAGGAUUCCAGUGCGACCUGUCAGUGAGCAACAGCAUUGCUAUAAAAUGUUCAGAACUCCUGUAUAUUUAUGGCUGUCUAGAUCCCCGUGUAAGAGCCCUGGUGUUCAGUUUACGAUGCUGGGCCCGUGUUCAUGGACUUACAAACAGCGUGCCUGGUACCUGGAUUACAAACUUCUCCUUAACCAUGAUGAUCAUGUUUUUUCUGCAAAAGAGAUCGCCACCUAUCAUUCCAACACUAGACCAACUUAAAGAGCUGGCAGAUGAAAAAGACAAACAUGUAAUUGGAGGGUAUGAUUGCUCAUUUGUGAGUGACUUGAGCAAGAUUAAGCCUACAAAAAAUAAUGAAACGCUUGAUGAGUUGCUUUGUGACUUCUUUCAAUACUUUGGAAACUUUGACUUCAGAAAGAAUUCCAUAAAUCUUCGAAAGGGAAAGGAAGUAAAUAAACCUGAGUCGUCUCCUCUUUAUAUCUGGAAUCCUUUUGAACAAGACCUUAAUAUCAGCAAGAAUGUUAAUCAGCCACAGCUGGAGAAAUUUGUAGCUGUGGCCAGAGAAAGUGCCUGGAUUUUACAGAAGGAAGAUAAAACUCAGCAAAUGAUCAAUAAGGAGCCCUGGGGACUGGCAGCUGUACUGAUACCAUUUGGAAAAAGCAAUCCAAACGCGAUGAAGAGUAGGACAAAGGGAAUAGGAAGUGAAACAAUCAAAAGCCUCUUGGACUCUUUAAAGUUAAGUGAUGCAAACAGUACAGAAAGCAGUGGGAAAGUGACUUUCAGCACAGAAACACAGUAGCUGCUGUUCUGUUUUAGAAAUUGAAUGUGACACAGUUUGAAGAAUAUUGCUUUUAAUAUUUCUUUUGUGAUGAAAUGGAGAGUUGGGUGACCUCUGGUUGUCAUUGUGAUUUUUUUUGCACAGGUCUACUUUCUGUACAUCAUCUUGUCCUUUACUCUUCAAUUUCCCAUCUGUUGUGAGCGAGGAGCAUUAAAAUGCAAAUUUCACAGGUACAUUUUGGAAGUAGACUUUGGGCACUCUUCAAAAAAGAAAAAAAAAAAGAAAAGAGGAGCAUGGAAAAAAGCCACUGGGAGUUGUUUCAGUUAAUUCUCUUUGGUUAAGUAAAAGCUCAAGAAGUAACCACCUUUCAGUGAAAGCACAUCUUAAAAGAAGAUGAAUUUUGAACCAUUGCUUCCACUGCAGUCACAUGCAGGAAGCCAGUAAAACUGAAGUGCUUGUAUCUAUUUUUGUAAUUGUUUUCAAUUCAUAGAGCUAGAGCUAUGACAAAAAUAAAGAGGAUGGAAUUAGAUAACAGGGUUUACAGUUUCGUAGGUUAUUGCUCUCCAAGGAUAGAGCACCUGUUUUGUGUUGGAAAAGUGGGUGUGCUCGUGUUUACCACUUGUUCUCAAACUUCAACCAAAUCUUUAUUUUUUUGUACACGUAGUGCUUGUUCUGACUCAUACUUAUCUGCUCAUGUUUCUCAUUUUGCCUUCAACUUCAAUUUAAGCUUGUAUUUCAGGUUCCAGCAGGGGACUUUUUUUGGUGCCCUUCUGGUCUUAUCAACUCUCCUGAAAGUUGCUGCCUACUGGACAGCACCAAAACCUUCCUCUCACUAUCUCUGCUUCUCUCUUCAUCCUUACUGGGAUUUCAGAGGAAAUCCUGUAACAUACUUGAGCCCACAGUCCUGUCUUUCUUUUCAGAUAUUCAGUGGAGUGCUGACUGUCCAUGUUUCAGAUCAGCUAGGCCAGCAAGAGUCAACUUUUCUCACUGUCUUGAAGAAAGCAUUGAGUUCUCUGUGCUUAUACCACAAGAAAGUUUUUGGAGGAGUACAGAGAGGGCUGGAAGGAAUGAAGACAGAAAGAGAAAUGGAAGGAGAGCAGACAAAUUACAGAUUUUCAGGUAGAUUUGUGAUUAUUCUGCCUGUUUAGUUUGUGCCACUGAUGCAUUAAAACUAAAUGGCAAGCAUGAUGAGAACGAUUACACAGAUUGUUAUUUUGACUUUUCAAGAAGUACUGUACAAGAAUUAUUUUAAAUCAGAGAUUGUCAUACAGAUGCAAUAUUCAUGUUUAUGGUAACUUUCAUUUUCAAUAUUUUUAGAUUCUUUAAUGCUGUACUGGUAUAUGGUUUGUUGUGGGCUUUCUUUUUGUUUGCCAGAACUGGUGUUAUCGUUUGAGAAGUGUCUCUUUUCCCUGAGAUAUAUUUAUUAGAGAUCAUAUAGGAAGUAAUGUGUAAUUCCAGAGUAUUUGUAAAAACACUGCUGGGUAAGGAGUUCAGCAGUUAACAGUCUAAACAGACUUUGAGGGACAGAUCAGUGCUAUAUUAGUUUAUUUGAAUUUUAAAAUAAUAUUUGUAUGUGUCCAUUUCACACUGCUAGAUGUUUUAUCAAAGAAUGACUUACAGAUUUAUUAUCUUAGUCACAGGAACUAAUUCUUCUAUUAACUUUCCUGAGACUUGAAAUUCAAACUUAGCUUUCUACUUAAAUCUCUGUGCUAGUGUAUGAACUCUAACCUUUUUGGAGGCUGGAUGAAGUUUACUGUAACUUAUUAUUGGUGCUAAUACAAAUCUUUUCAUAGCAAGCUUGACAUGGAUGCAGCAAGCAGUCUGUUGCUAACUUAAACUUUAUAGAACCUAGAUAUGUUUUCUUCUGUUCCCUAAGCAGUAGACUUGAAAGCUUUUUGAAACAUUUGAAGAUUAGGUGACAUUUGAGAACUUGUGAGUUGUCUCUUUCCCUGUUAAAUAGAAAAGGUAACAGGGAUCCCCACAUAGAGAUGAUGUGGUAGAGAGCCUCUGGCAAGGAUUAAGGGGAAGGAUAGCAAACAGAUUUUGUCGUUGGUUUCUGCUAUCAGUCAUCCGUCCAUGGUGACAGAGAUGAGGUAUUCCACAAGCAAUUAAGAGAAAUCUCUGGAUCAGUAACUCUCAUCCUUCUGGGAGACUUCCCAGAUAUAAACUGGGAAUAUUUUAGUACUGCGACAGGCAACUCUGUGAAAUUCCUAAAGUACACUGAAGGUAACUUCUUGUCACAAGUGCUUAGCCAGCUAGGAAAGGUGCCCUUCUAGAACUGUCUUUUGAGCAUGAGGUCUUGUGGGAGGUGUGAUGGUAGGUGGCUGUUUUAGCCGCAGCGAUCAUUAAAUAGCUGAGUUCAAAGGAGGUCAGCAGAGUUACCACCAUGGAUCUUAAGCGAGCAAACUUUAAGCUGCUCAGAGAGCUAGUUAGCAGUAUCCCCUGGCAAUCUGCUUUAGAGAGUUCAGGAGCUCUAUGAGAGCUGCUCACUUCUUAAGAACCGCCUUUUAAAAACAUGGGAGCAAGCAAUCCCAUUGUGUCAAGCAAAUAGAAGAGAAUAUCAGCUUUGCUGAACAGGGAACUCCUUUUGGAACAUGGGCAGAAAAAUAACCUAUGAUCUCUGGAAGCAAGGUCAGGGAGAUUAAAAGAGCUACAGUUCACAGUUGUAGGGAGAAAAUAAGAGAAGCCAAAGCUCAACUCCGGUUGACACUGGCCAUUGUGUCAGCAAAAAAGGAUUUUUUAAGUAUGUCAGCAGCAAGAGGAGAUCUAAGGAAAACGUUGGACUGAUACUUGAUGAAGAUGGUUACCUAACAAAUUGGAAUGAGGAAAAAGCAGAAACAUCUAAUGCACUUUUUGCCCUAGCUUUUAAUAUUAAUGAUAGUUCUUGGGUUGCUGGUCCUGUGAGUUGGAGGGACGUGACUCAUGACUAAGGGAGCAUGAUCUGUGGUCACCGUAAGUGUAAGAGAAUAGUUGCAUCAGCACAGUGUUCAUAGUUUGUAGGACCUGACAGGGUUCACUUCAGAGCAAAGGACCUCUCAAGAAUUUACUGAAGGUUUUAUAUAUCUGGGCAGUAGGUGUAUCAACAGCAAACUUAUUGAGAAUGCUGAAUUGGAAGGUGCUGCUGGCUCUCUGGAGGGAUGAGAGGCCUGAACUAGACACAUUAGAACUGAGCACUGGGCAACCAACCGUCAACAGCGUGAUGUUCUACAAAGGAAAAUGCUGGAUUCUGCAGCUAGUACAGAGCAAUGCCGGACUCAGGUACACGUGGAGACGGGUGGCUGGAGAGCAGCUCAGCAGGAGGAGCCCAGGGAUGCUGGUGACAGCAGGCUCAGCGUGAGCCAGCAGCGCCCCCUGGUAGUCAAGGAAGUAAAUGUAUUUUUGGGAUUCAUCCCACACAGCAUAGCCAGCCAGCCAAAGGAGGUAACUCUCUCACUAUAUUUAGUGUUGGUGAAGCCUCAGCUGAAAUACUGCGUGCAAUUCUGGGCUCUAUGGUGUUAAAACCACAUUAAGGUGCUUUGAGAAAAAGGCACCAAAGGUGGUGACAGGGCUGGAAGAGAUGUCCUGUGUGGAGGGGCUGAGACUGAUUUUCUUAGCAAAGAGGAGGCCAAGAGCUGUGCUUCUGGGAACCUAUGGCAUUAGGAAAAUUCCAUUACCCUGAGCAAGGUCAAAGACUGGAACAGCCUUCCUUUCCUAGCAAGGUGGCUGAUGCCCUGUGCUUGUCUCUGUUGAAGAGACAUGAUGUGGAUAAUACUUUUAAUAUGCUUUAACGUUUGGUUAGCCCUGAUGUGGUCAGAUGGCUGAAUGCUAUGGUCUUUGUAGGUCCCUUCCAACUGAAUUCUGUUGCAGUGCAAUACUAAGAGAAUGGCAUAACAGAGACAGAAGCAUACAGCCCAUCUGUGAUAGUGUAUACCGACUUGCAUUAUAUUCACACUGGUUUGAUGUCACGUAGAAAGACUGUAACAAUUUUGACACUUAGACAUAAGAUGCUUGUAGUCAAACACCAAUAAACUUUGUAUUUUGUUUAUACAGUUGAAUGACUCUGAAACAUGACUUUGGGUCAAAAUGGUUUAUUUGUAAAUGUACAUAGGCAUUCAAGCUGCUUAGAAUUCCUUAAAAGGCAGGGCAAAAUGUGGUUGCUAUAUAUGCAGAGCCUUUCAGCAUCACGUUUCUGUUUAGACUGUCUGUCUCUUCUGGGAAUAGUUCUGAACAAUUGUCCUGGCUACGGUCCGACUUCUGAAUAGAAAAGCUAGAACUCCAAAGCAUUGCUGCAGCAAUGAAAGUGCACAGGUGCUUGUUUCAGGUACCUGCAGGUUCAGGGCGCUGGAGGCCAGCUGCUGAGCAAAGCCUCCAGGAACAGUUCUCAUUGACAAUGUGAAUCAGCCUGUCAGCUUCCUUGGAAGAAGCUGAGGGCAGGGUGUGGAGGCAGCUGGUCAGCUUCUGCCAGACACAGCUUGCAGUUGAGGGAAGAGCCAUGAAGCCACCUGUGAGAAGAGGACCAUGCCUUAAGGGGGUGUAUGUAGCAAAUCAAGAGUAUGAUGUGAUUAUAAUUUCCUGAGGGCAGCAGCCGUAUUGCACUGAUGAUGUUUAGAAGCCAUCAAUAUGGUUCUGUCAGUAAAAACAAGGGUUGGAUGUUUGUCAAAAAAAAAGAGAGUGGAGAUGGUCUGUACUUGAAAGUUCAUAGGCUCUAAACGAUGUCUCAGCAAGAGUGAGGCAGUAAGUUUUAGUUCUCAAAUUUGUUGCUGAUACAUGUGUCCUCCCCUGCAAUGUAGAGUAAGGAACAUUAGUAAAUUAAACACAUUUUUGACCCUCUGCCCCUUCCCCUCACUGGGAGUACUUUUUAGUGCAGUCUUACAUUCCCUGACUCUUAAUUGGUGAGAGAAAUUGGAAACAUUUCAAAGUUCCUUGCCCUGAGAAAAUGCUCUCUGGGACAUUAACUUCAAGUUCACACUUAUUGCCAGGUUUGCUUUUUUUUGUUGUUGUUGCUGUUUUGUUUUGUUUUUUUUUUUUCCUUUUCCAUACAUAUUGAUGCUCACAAGAGUUUCAGGAGAGGGUUCUGCUGCAAUUGCUACUACUCCACUAUUCCUCUGGGGCUUCAUGGGACUCCAAAGCUGUGAUCUUCAGCCAUUGGCUGUGUGAGGACCUGUGCAUAAUGCUCUUGGCUGAGAUACAGUCACAAUGUUGGGUCAUCUUAGGUGGUGCUUUGUCUGCCUCAGUUGUGGUUCUGUCCUUUGGACUUCAGAUCCCAGGAUAAAUCAGGUUGGAAGGGACCUUUAGAACUACUCAGCCUCUUGCUCUGGUAGGAUUAGCUGUGAGCUCCACCCAAGUUGCUCAGGCCCAUAUCUAGCCAGGUCUUGAAAAUUUCUGUGGGUGGGGAUUGUACAACCUUCCCAGACAACCUGUUCCAGUGCUGGACUUCCCUUAGAACCCUGCUCAGCAGGACUGCAAUGCAUUCUCACCAUCCUGUCACUCCUACCAUCUUCUUUUCUCAUCCUUAGCCAUGCUCUGAGGCAAACUGCUGUCCAACCCAAAUGCCCAAGCUGCUCCUUCAAAAAAAGGGCAAUCCUCUUCAUCCCCAGGUCUUCCCCCUUUUCCUCCUGAGGAGCAUGUCCAUCCAUCACCAUCAUCUUGCUGUUCCAAUGUUGCUGUACCAACAGCAUGAAUUCCUCCCACUUGUUCCCUAGGGCUGCACACAUUUGCAUCCAUACAUUUGAGGCAGCUUUCAUCUUUUUUAUAUUCUUGAAAUCUCUCUUGUUCCCAUCAGCCUGCAUCCUUACUUCCAAUACUUCCUCACUUGACUGGUGGUUACAGUAGCCCUCUCUUUACUGCUCACAGCUGAAAGCUGCUCUCACCAGCUUGGCUGAGUUACAGCCACUCAUAUGAACCCGAUUAGGAGAUUCAAAUACAGCCUAAACAUUAAUUUCUGAAAGGAUCUGGAGGAAAACCAGAGGCUGUAAAUACAAGGUUGCCAUGACAGAAAAGCGGCAUACUGCACGCUUCUGAGCUAGCUUCGACUGUACUGUGGCAUCUGCAGGGCUGCACAGCACCAUAUGGAGACAUUGGUUCAGGUAUGUGCCUUUGGAACAGGAAAGAUAGACAAAGAAUAUUUCAAUAAUUUUGCCAAUAAACACAGGUCUGUGUCGAAUUCAGCUGAAGCAAGGUCAGGAUUUCUAGCCUGAGCUGCUUUUGAGAUCUGAUGAAUCAACAACCAGGAAGUUUUUAAAAUGAAAUCAGCCUGUUCGCUGGAAAACUGUUCCAAAGACUCUAUCUUGCUUAUCACUGAAUUACCUCCAAGGCUCUUUUCUAGUACAGAAGUCUUCCUGAUGCCAUGGAUAAUUCGAGGCUGCUUGAAAACAAGGACUAAGAUUCAAACAUGGAUUAAGACUCACACAAAGCUAACCUGGGCCUUGGAGGUAAACUCACAUGCUCCUGAAGUUGCCUCCUUUGCCACUCCGACAUGAACUGGGGAUUAGAUGAUCUCCAGAGGUCCCUUCCAGGCCCUACAAUUCUGUGGUUCUGUGUGAUUCUGUGAAUAGAUGGUGCCUAGUUCUCUACACCUAACAGGCAGCUUGUUUGAUGCCACUAUGAAAUCCUCAAUUACAAGUGGAUUUUUAACCACUUCUGAAAUCAUUCGGUAUCGCUGUGGAGUACAGUUCUCUGCCAAGUUUGUUCUGCAGGAGGAGAUCGCAGCAGGUGCUUGAAUGCAUUUCUCCUCACUAAUUCCUUGUGGAAUCUCUCCAGUAUUGUCAUUAUCAUGAAUACUUCCCUUCCCUCCUACUUCUGUUUUUCCUGUCCAUUCUCUUUUCACUGUUCCAGUGCUCCAUCACCCUUAAAGUUCUUCUGCAUAUUUGUGUGCAACUCCCUAUGUUCAAGUUUUAGGCCAUUACCCUUUGUCCUAUUGCUAUACACUACCGAAUAGAACCUGGCCUCAUCCAUUUGUCUCCCACCUCCCUUUAGUUAUUUAUAAAUAUUUAUCAGGUCCCUUCUCAGUCUUCUUUUACCUAAGCUGAAAGAUGUGGGUUACUCAGCCUUUCCUCAUAUGAGAGAUGUUCUAAGCCAUUUAUCAUCUUUGUGGCCCUAUGCUGGACUCCUCCUAGAAAAUCUCUGUCUUUUUUGAACUGGGGAGCUCAGAAUGUGGCUGUGCCAAGGCAGAGUAGGGGGGGAGAACCAACUCCCUCAACCUGCUGGCCAUGCCCUUUUUAAUGCACCCCAAGAUCCCACAAGGGCAAACUGCUGGCUCAUGUCUAACCUGUUGUCCACAAGAACAUCCAGAUUCUUUUCCACAGACCUCCUCUCCAGCAGGUCAUCCCAUUUCUCUGUGUAUAAUCUGAUUUGAUCAAUAAACAAUAGUUUUUCAUUCGGCCCAUAAUGUUUUGGGGACCAGCAGUGAAUAAAGCUAUAUUCAAGGAAAGUGGGGUAGUAUUUAGGGCAUUGCACUUCUAUUGCACUGCAACUUUCUACAGCUUGAUCUCCUGCGUGGGUUGACUUUUCAUACUGCCUUUUCUGUGGUCUACAGUGCCUACAGAGAGAUCAAUUAACUGGGCUUGGUGGGCCUCACCAAUUCUUACACAUGUUUUCAAGAAUUUUGUUCAUCUAAGACAUUUGUCUAACACUAUCUGUAGUAUUAGAAAACAGAAAUUUGGUGCAAACUCCUUGAGGCACUCGACUCUUUGAAAAAGAUAUGUUUUCUACUGUUAUUAUGGGAAACAUUAUGUUCAAUUUGUUUUACAGAAAGCCUUCAGAGAUGGGUUUUUGUUCCCAUGCUGGGCUCUCUUGUGCACACAAAUUUGUAGUAAAUGUAAACAGUGCAGCCCUAUAUUGGAAUCUUGCAUGGAUCAACUCCCAGAAUAUGUCUUGUAGGUAUUAUCAUCGCAGCCCGAUGGGGGAAGUCAAUGCACAACUAAUUACAAAGGCAUCAGCUCCCACUUGUAUUGCUCACUCUGUAGGGAGGAACAAUUCCUGUAUUUCUGUAUCUCUUUUUCCUAUGUUGGACAGAAGCAAAACUGCAGGAACUGCUGUUCCUGCAGAGAGGACUUUACAUUAGGCAUUGGAUUGUUAGAUGGAAAAGCACUAUCAUUUCAAUACUUUCCAUGUAUUUACAUCUAAACUUUGAUUUUCUGAAGUCUUUUUCUAGGAGCUAUCGUUGGAGAUUUUUAGGGUGAGAGGAAGAACUGGAAGAAUUCAUAUAGGUCUCAUAGACAAAUGGUAAUUGCUAUCCUAUUAUUCAUCAAAAAUAAUCACAUAGUGGAAAGAAAUACAUAUAACAAACUGUCAAUAAAAAGUAAAAUGCUUUGUCUCUUUGAAAAAAUUCCUCCAUUAAUUUUCUGUAGUCCUCUCAGUGAUGCAGUGCUUUUAUAAAAAGAUGGGAUUUGAGAGAGCAUACUGAAAUGGUGAUCACAAAUUAAAUACAUGCAACUGUGAGUAAAUACUCUUACUGUGAGUAAAUGCAGUAAGCAAAAAAGAAGCAUCAGUGACUCCAACCUGAAAUGGGAUUCAGAGAUUUAGUGACUCCAGAAAUACAGUAUAGAGAAUGGCUUCGUACAUCUUUAGGUGAUUUGUACCUCCUUAUUUUGAAAAUUAUCUCUAGACACCCAACAAAAGCAUGUUUGCUCUAAUUACUUGAUACAGGAGCUUGGAAAGGAAGAUCUCAUUUGAAACGACCGUAAUCUCUUUUGUGGAGACACUAAAGACCUUAGCUACACUAGCUCUGCAAUGAAAUCUAUCUUUAAGUGGCUUUGCCUUGCAGUUGGCUUAGGAACUUGGAAUAUUACCUUUCUGAAUUACCCUAAAAAACCAGUGCUUAUAGAUAGGACCAGACUUUCACCCUUCUCCCACACAGAAUAUAUGCUUUUAUGUCCUCUCUUUAGUGUAGACAAUAUUCUCAAUCCCUAAAGUGUUUUCAGCAAUUAAUUUUAUAUUUCCUCUGGGAGAUAACAAAGUAAGAUGAUCUCUGUGUUUCUUCAGUAAGUUGCUGUUCUUUUGUGAUGUUGGAGUCUUCAGUACGAUAAAGUAAACUAUCUGGUGCUUUCCUUCC